GAGAGGGUCUAGCCAUCAUUUUCGCCGUUACCAAGUUCCACAAGAUGAUCUUCGGUCGCUCGUUCCGGCUCCAGACCGAUCAUGCGCCGCUGUUGCGGAUCUUCGGGUCGCGUAAGGGCAUUCCCGUGUAUACGGCGAACCGGCUGCAGCGUUACGCGUUGACCCUUUUGCUGUACGAUUUCACCAUCGAGCACGUCCCGACUGAGAAGUUCGGUCACGCCGACGUGCUGUCACGGCUCAUCAGCAACCACGCCAAACCUGACGAGGACUACGUUAUUGCUAGCAUCACCCUGGACAACGAUUUGAGUUUUAGGGUUGUGGAGCGGGACACGCAAGUCGACCCGUUGCUGAAGAAGAUCUACCGUUACCUGCGCAAUGGCUGGCCACAGAAGCACACGAUCGUCGACUCGGAAAUUUUGCGCUUCUUCGCUCGGCAGGACUCGCUGAGCACUGUGGACGGGUGCGUUUUGUUUGGAGAAAGGCUGGUCAUCCCUGAACGGCACCGGCAGCGGUGUCUGCGCCAGCUGCACCAAGGACACCCGGGGAUCUCACGCAUGAAGGCCAUCGCCCGAAGCUAUGUCUACUGGCCUUCGAUUGACGAUGAUGUGGAGGCACUUGUGAAGGCGUGCAAGCAUUGCGCAUCAGCGGCACGAUCCCCUCCGCACUCAGCACCAGUUCCGUGGCCUAGACCGACGGGACCCUGGAAACGUGUGCACGUGGACUUCGCUGGUCCGAUGCAAGGUGCGUACUUUUUGCUGAUUGUAGAUGCCUACACCAAAUGGCCGGAGGUGAUUAAGACGAAUCGCAUCACUUCGGUAGCAACAAUCGGCAUGCUUCGCAGCGUUUUUGCUCGUCUGAGUAUGCCAGAACUGCUGGUCAGCGAUAACGGGACACAGUUUACGAGCGCUGAAUUCCUGGAGUUCUGUUCAACUAACGGCAUCCAGCACCUUACGACGGCCCCGUUUCAUCCGCAGUCCAAUGGCCAAGCGGAGCGGUUUGUGGAUACGUUUAAACGAGCAGUGAAGAAGAUUCAGGCGGGGAGGAGCUCAAUCGACGAAGCGCUAGACGUCUUCCUGAUGACGUAUCGAACUACACCGAAUCGUCAGGUCGAAGGCGGCGUGUCACCAUCUGAAGCCAUGUUUGGACGCCGCAUCCGGACGAAUCUGGAACUGCUCUUGCCACCACCACCAAAACCACCAAGCGAGUCAACGGGUUGA